AUGGACGAGCGACGCUGCUUUUCAUACUUUCAAUAUUGCUCCAUUCCUGGCCUUGGGGCUUUCUUCGACUCUCCUCUCUGGCAGAACAUUAUCUUGCGGGUUGGUCAUGUGGAUCCUGCUGUGUAUCAUGCCGCCAAUAUGCUCGGUGCCCUUCACGAAGACUCAUGCGCGAACAAAAUGCGCUUGUCUGGGGAGAAUCUCCAGCGAGCUCGUCAUCGCUUCGCACUUCAGCAGGCUUCGCGAGCUUUGACCCAUCUCUCCCAGCGUCAGGCCUCAAACGACCCUCAGUAUCGGGAGGUUGUACUGGUAUGCUGCCUGCUGUUUGUCAUGUCAGACUUAUUACUGGGGCGGUAUGAAAAUGCCUUCCAACAUCUGCACAGUGGGCUUCGCAUCCUCAAAGAGACACAGGACUGUCAUUCAAAAAUUAGGCUUGAUGAUUCGCUAAUCCACAUCUUCCAACGGCUCGAUGUCGAAUCCGCCCAUUUCGGGCCUGGUACCCCAUUUUUGUUCACUAAUUCUGAAAUCGAUGAUGACGUGCAUAUUCUGCACAAUUUUGCUAAAAUGCAAACUGUGUCAGACGUACACCGAAGCGUGACUCUUCUUUUAAAUAUGGGUAUUCCUUUUCUCGCCCGAUGCUGGCCCUCCUCUGCCGUUGAAAUUGCAGCUGGAUAUAGCGAGUUGUUCCUAAAACAGCAACAAAUUCUGUCCUUGAAUUAUAAAUUUCAACACCAUUUUGGAAUAUUUUACCGCGAAUUUUAUCAUACACUUCGUGGUCGUGACCAGCAAGGUGUUGAUCUGCUUCAACUCCAGAGUCUUGGACAGAUUCUCAGUCUGAAGACCUGUCUCAUCAAAGGGCCAGUACCUAAAAGCUUGACCCCAGAAUAUAUCAGCCUGUUCUCGGCACAUCAGGCAUUUCUAGCUAAGUCUUUUGAUCGCCCAACAUUUACUUUGGACUACGGCGUCGUCCCAGGAUUGUGGGUGGUGGCCUCGCAGUGUCCAGACUAUUCAGUUCGCUUGCAAGCAAUCUACACCUUGCAGACCUGGCCCCACUGUGAGGGGAUCAUUAAUUCCAAUGUCCUCGUCUCGAUGGCUGUAAAAAGUUUGAAGGCAGAAUUACAGACUCAUGGCCAAUUAGACAGCUGGAUCAUAGAUGCUGACAUGGAAGAGGAGCUGUCCCGGUUUCUGUUUGACACAUUCACCUCGACGAAGCAGGUGACGGAUUGGUCGUUCAUUCGCGGGACUGACCUGCUUCGAAAAUACCCUUGA